AUGGGUUUCGCGAUCGAUGGCGAAGUGAGCAGCCCGUGGGUGCAAGGGUCUGGCGAAGGACUGGAGGGAUGGGCUGGCGGGGAAGUGAGCCGGUUGCGCGAGGAGCUAGAGGCGGAGAGGCGGAGGCUGGCGGGCGAGCGGGACGAGGCGCUGGCUGGGCUGGCAGAGGAGCGGCGGCGGAGCGAGGCGUGGAUGGGCAGGGCGCGGGACGCGGAGGCGGAGCGCGCUGCCGCGGACGCCAAGCUGGACGAAUGGACCCAUGCUCUCCAACGGUCGAGUGCAGUGCAGAGCGGUGAUGAACCCGAGAGUGGCUCAAACGAGGCGUCGGCAGCAGCAGCGGGGAAGCUGGCGGGGGGGGGUGAGGACAUGGUGAGGGUGCUGGAGGACGUGGUGGCUCACAAGACGCGCAUGGUCGCCCGCGAGCGAGGCAAGCGCGAGGAGGCGGUGUGCCGGCGGGAGGAGGCGGAAGGCAAGCUCGCCGCCGCUGACAAGGAGCUGAGGGCGCUGCGGCGACAGAUGGACUCCCUGCGAUCUGGUUACCAGCAGGUGGCGAAACGGAAAGACGAGCUCGAGGCGCGGGUGGGGAGCCUGGAGGAGGAGGUGGAGCGGGUGAGCGCGGAGGAGCGGGAGGCGAAGGAGGUGGUGGAGGGCGCGAUGCAGAUGUGGCACGAUGCCAGUGACGGCAAGCAGCUGGCGCACGCGCAGGCGGCGGAGCUGCAGGAGCAGGUGGAGCGGCUGCAGGGCGCGCUGGCCGUGGAGGCGGAGAAGGUGAGGCAGGCGCGGCAGGAGGCGGUCAUGCAGGCAGAGGCGAGCAAGCAGGCGUUGGCUCGCGUGAGGGAGGUGCAUUCGGGGGAGGGCGUACCUGAGGCGAAGUGGCUGGUGGAGCUGAAGGUGGAGGUGGAGCAGCGGCGCGUGGAGGUGCAGCAGGCGCAGCAGCAGGCGGCGUGGGAGCGGGAGAGGGCGGAGGCGGCAGAGAGGGCGAUGGAGGAAGAGCGGCAGCAGUGGGUGCGGCGGGAGAGGCGGCUGGAGGAGGACGUGAUGAACCAACAGCUGCAGAUCGAGUUCCUCGAGGGGCUGCAGGGGGGCGCGGGGGCAGCAGGCAGCCUGGCGGAUGGGUCUGGUGGCGGGGCGAGCCUGGAGAAGCGCGUGUGGGAGCUGGAGGCGGAGGUGAGGGAGCGCAGCAAGGAGGUGACGUCACUGCAGGAGUCGCUGGUGGAGGUGGAGCGGGAGAAGGCGCAGGUGGUGGAGCGCCAGCACUCCCUGCUCGCCGCCCUUGCGGGGGGUGACAGCGGGGCCGUGCUGACCCAGCUGCACACGGACGCCCUGCAGCUGUCCGUGCGGGAGGCGCAGAGGCGCGCGGAGGCGCAGGUGGAGGCGGAGAGGGCGGAGAAGGAGGCGCUAAGGCGCGAGGUGAGCCGCCUGCUGCUGCUGGGCAGCGAUGCUGGCAGUGUUGUGGGCGCGGACGGCCAUGCGGGGCGAGUGGGGGGAGAGAAUGCUGGGGCAGGCGUGGGGAAGGAAGGCAGUGAUGAGGGGAGUGAGGAGCGGGUGAGGCAGGCAAGGGAGGAGGCGGGCAUGUGGCACAGCAAGGUGGCGGAGCUGGAGCGCGAGAUGGAGCAGCGCGACGCUGAGAUCAGCGGGCUCAGGGGCGCCCUGGACGACAGCAGCAAGGACGUGGCCGUGGCGGAGCGGGCAGCCGCGGGCAAGGAGAGAGAGGUGCAGCGGCUGACAGCAGAGGUGCGGGAGAAGGGGCGCGAGGUAUGGGACCUGAUCCACGAGUCGGAGCUCAAGGCGCGGCAGAUGGAUGCUGUGGAGCGAGAAGCAAGCCGACGGGCGGGCGAGCUGGAGGACGCGCAGGGCGACCUGGCGAUGAUGGAGAGGGAGGCGGAGCUGCUGCGCGGAAUGGUGAAGGAGCGCGGGGACGCAAUCGACGCCGUGAAGGCGCAGCUGGCGGAGCGGGACGGCGAGCUGGCGAGGCUGGGCGCAGAGGCACAGGCGAUGCGGGCGGACGCGGAGGAGACGGUGCGGCGGCUGAAGGAGGAGCUGGAGGAGGCGCGAGAGCAGGUGGGGCGGGGCGAGGUGCAGCUGCUGGAAGAGGAGGGGCAGCGGAUUCUGGAGUUUGAGGAGCUGCAGGUGGAGCACACGAUGGUGGUGCGGCAGCUGCGAGAGGUGCAGCGCGAGGUGGAGGAGAAAGAGGCGGUGCUGCGAGGCAAGGAGGAGGAGGUGCGGGCGAGGGAGCAGGCGGAGCAGCAGAAGGAGCAGGAGCUGCUGGAAGCGCUGGUGGAGGCGGAGGAGCUCAAGAAACGCGUGGCGGAGGAGGUGGGUGGCGCCGUGCUGGCGCGGGAGAGGGCGGAGGCGGAGGUUGUGAGGGCGCGAGGCGAGAUUGGGGUGAUUCAGGAGGAGCUGGAGAGCACGAGAGAGGCUCUGAGGUGCCGAGAGAGCGAGAUGGAGGAGAGGGAGAGGGAGGUGGAGGAGGAGAGGCGAGUGAGGGAGGCGGUGGAGAGGGAGAGAGUGGCUCUAGAGCAGGAGGUGCGGGUGGUGAGGGCAAGGGCGGAGGAGGUGGAGGAGGCGCAGAGACGAGUGAGUGAGGAGAAGGGGAGGGUGGAGCAUGCGAGGGAGGUGGCUGAGAGGGAGAGGAGGAGGGUGGAGGAGGAGAAGAAAGCUGUGGAGAGGGCGAGAGGUGAGGAGGAGGAGGCCAGGAGGAGGGCUGAGAGUGCAGUGCAGGAGCUGCAGGAGGCGAAGGAGAAGGUGGAAGGGGAGAGGAGAAGGGUAGAUGAGGAGAGGGCGGCUUUGGAGGUGCGGCUGCAGGGGCUUCAAGGGCAGGUGGAGCAGCUGAGCGGGCAGGUGGAAGAACUGUCCGGGCAGGUGAAGGAACGAGAGGCGGAGGUGGCAGAGAAGGUGAGGAUGGUGGAGGCGGCAGAGGCGAGGAGAGGCAAGGUGGAGCAACGCGUGGGUGAAUUGAAAGCUGAGCUGGCUGCACUGGGAGGGUCGCUGAAAGAGAGAGACGCGGAGGUGGAGGCGAAGGAGAGAGUGCUGGCGGCAGCAGAGGAGGAGAAGAGCAGAGCGCAGCAGCAGGUGCAGGAGCAGCGGGAUCAGCGGGAGGCGGUGGAGACGCAGCAGGCACAGCUGGAGGGGCUAUUGGCAGGGCUGCGGGCGAGCUGCCGCGCGCUGGAGGAGGGAGGCGCGAUGGAGAAGGAGAGGCGCGAGCAGGCGGAGGAGGAGCUUGAGGCGGAGAGGCAGGCGCGGCAUCUGGAGGGUUACUGA